AUGUCUAAAUUUUGUUAUGAUACUACUAUAAAUCUGUCACAUUACAUUGUUAUUUCAUGUCAUAUAACGAUUAUGUUUUAUGUAUUGUAAAAUUUAUUUUGACUUUACAAUAAAUGCAGAAACUCCUGCAAAAAAGCACGCAUUCGUUGUCCCCUAACAUGGGAUAAAUGUUUGUCAUUCGCGGCCAUGUGCGAUUAUAUCACACGCAAUAACUAUUGGAGGUUACAAAGCAAUUAACCGCCGAGUCUGUGGUGUUUGCCUUCACCUAUAUUACGAUAGUCUGUCGUCAAAAAACCUGGUCAAAAGGAAAAGAAUAAUAAGGGAUAUAAGCUACCAUUGCAAAAUGAACUCGGCUACCAAACCGGAUUUUGAUGGAACCUUAAAACUAAUUGCUAGGGCCUUAUACAAAAAGGAGGAGAUCGAUGAUCUUGGAUCAGCCUUGGGAUUCACUCCAGCAGAUAUUGGUCGAUAUACUGAUGCGAAUGAAAAGCAGGGCGGGAACUCAAUGGGGACGUUGGACAUGCUCAGGACGUGGCGAAAAAGGCAGACGGUUUCCACGGAGAGAGGGAAUCUGAGAUCAGCACUAUUGGCAGCUAAUUUACCAUCCCUGGCAGAUAGUUAUCUAAGCACACCCGAAAAUGGGCCAAACCCCCAGGCAUCAAUCCAACCACCAACACAGGGUGCAACAAGCAUAAAUACGAACUCUGUUGGAAUGAAGGUUACGGAUAAUGACAUCAUAAAGUUGUCGAAACUCAUGCCCUGUGAUUACUUCAACAAUUUUUGUGUUGCUUUGGGAUUCAGCCUUACUGACGCUAAAAACACCUUAACCAGACAUCAAUUGAAUGUUCGUGCUGCGUACGAGGAGAUACUGAAUGCAUGGAGUUUAAAGACAGGUGGACUAAGAAGGGAUCUUGAUAAAGCUCUGCUGGAUGUAGAAUGUUUCGCCCUCAUAGACCAAUACAAGAACUAGAUCCACGACUACAUGAUGCGUUUGUUCGUUUUGGGGAACUAAAAGGAAAAUGAAACAUUCAGAAAAGAUAGCUUGUGCGAAAACAGAAAACCAGAGAAACAGAUCAACGAAAAUUUGACGAAAGUUUGAGACAAAAAUAAUAAAUAAAAGAAAGUUAAGAGCAUUUAAAUUUAAGACCAUUAUUGUAAUAUAGAUCAUCCAAACUGGCAAUGCGACAAUUAUGCGUGAUGUCACAUGUGAAUAACUUUCCCAUUUCUUUUCUAUUUAUUUAACUUAAAAUGCCUAUCACAUCUAUCAGCAGAUCAUGUAUUCUUUCUAAACAGGAAGGCAUAUGCACAUUUUCAAAGAAUACAUUAUGGAAAAAGAGUUUGUAUCAACAUGAGAAAGAGCAAGAAGAGAGAUGCUAGGGGCAUUGUUUAGUCCAUCGAAGGGAAAGUUGUUAACGUGUGACAUCACGCAUCUUUGUUGCAUUGCCAAUAGGAGGAUCUCCAUAGCACUAGUGAUCGUAAUAUAACUUUCUCAUUAUUUGUAAAUUUUUUAUUUAUUUAUUUUUUAAUUGUCGAUUAUUUUCUGUUUUCGUACAAGCUAACUUGCUAAAGGGUUUCAUUUCCCUUAAAGAGGAUGCUUAUAUGGAAGAACAUGAUGAUACCUACCAAAACCUGAAUACCCCUGCCUCUGCGAGUACUUGUAUAUUAAACAGACGGUUAGGAUUGUGAUUGUGGAUGAUGUGUGUAGUUCUAGAACCUUAUAUA